AUGGAGGCCACUCAGCCAGUCGGAGAAAAUAGUCCAAGUUCAGAUGGCGGACGAGGGCGACUGGCGGUUCGGCGACCAGCUCCGGUCACUGUACCACCUCGCAGGCAACGAGAGCAGGUUGAACCGGUCGUCUCGCCUCCGAGCACAGUCAGCGUUGACAGCCCCGACUCACCAGAUAGUAUGGGGCCGAAUUCUCCUUCCAGAAUUGUCGUGAGGAACACCUUCAUCGAUGUGUGUGACGAAUUCGCAUCAGGUUCUGAUCAGCCUGACUCCCCGCACCGCGGCAACAGCGCACCCGCAUCCCCAACGCAGCGAGCAGAUCCAUGGGACAACGUGGAUCUCGGAGAAGGUCAGGAAGCGGGACCUUUUGGAGCGGCAGGAUUUCUGGGAAAAGCUCCGAAUCCGGAGGACCUGGAGCACUAUGUUCAUUUUGGGACUGCGCAGGAUGGACGCUGGCUACGUGACCUGGCCUCCCCAAAGAAAGUAUCCGCUCGUCCUCGCAAGAAAGGAGCAGGUGCAGAAGCAGAGGGCACUUCUUCCAUGCGGCUUGGUGAUCUCCUAAAACUGGGCAUUCCAGGUCAGCCAGUCGAUAAAGAUGAUGGAGACAAUGAGCUGGAGAAGCAGAUGCAACAGCUUCGAGCGCAACAAGACCAGCUGCUGCGCUCCCAGCUUCAACCUGUCCUGGAGGGCCAAAUGCAACCUGAUAUUCCUGGAGCGUGCUUGAACGGCCUUGGAGUACCGCCAGCUCCAGCUGUAAGUUCCACCUCUGGGGUUUGGCCAGGAUCGGGCUACAGAGGCGCACUGCCAGGCCAGCCGCUGCUUCCGAAUAUGGAGGUGCCCCUAGCCCCUUCGAUUCAUCCCAGUUCAGGAGGCCCACAACUCCCACGAGAUCUCGAUGGUGGGUGUGGUGGAUUUCCGGGCCAAUUGCCAGGCUUCCUGCAGCAGGCCAACACCUUCGUGGGGCAGGAUGCAGGAUCUCGAAUUCCACCGCACCAGGACGCCGGAUCACGUGUUCCGCCGCAACAGGUGCUUUGGUCGCAAGGUCUUGACACACCUUAUGCUGGAGGUGUCGAUUGGCGCAACGGCCCGUUCAAUCUGGCUUCGAGCAACUUCGCAGGCGGCUUGAUGGCAGCUGGAGGCAUGCUCCUGGCACAGGGCAUUUCAUCACUUCAGCAGCAACAGCUGCAGUUGCAGCAGCAGCAGGAGCAGCUAGAGCGUCUCCGGCAAUCGAUCGAUCCGCAAAUGCAACUACAGGCUCAGGCUGCAGCAUCCUUCAUGCAGCCCGCAGGGUGCGGCCAAGUCGACCCUGCUCUGCGAGGCAACCGCCAACUUCCCAUGAAGAAAGGAGGUGGCAGGACUGUGAAUGCAGGCCGAGGAGGCAAAAGGAUGAUGGAAGAAGAAGCAAUACUGGCAGGCCGCAAGCAAAUUUUUGAGCAGAACAUGGGAGGAAUGUUGCCAGUGGAUGUGCAAUCAGGAAUGCUGCCUGGUGCCAAGGAGAAGGCAAAAGUACCCCUGAGUGGGGGUGGGCCAAAGCGAACCGACUACAUCAAGAAGUUUGGAGGCGCCAAUGACAGCAUGGAAGGAGUUCCUACCACUCAGCCCAUUACGACAAUGAUGUUAAAGAACAUCCCAUGCCGCAAGAGCCAAGAGGAGGUCAUGCUGACCAUCGACGAGGAGGGCUUCGGGGGAAGGUAUGACUUCUUCUAUUUACCCAGGGAUGUGAAGUUCCGAGCCAACCUUGGCUAUGCUUUCAUCAACUUCGUCACUCCAGAGGACGCGGCCGACUUUCAGAACAAGAUGGACGGGUACCGUUUUCCGAACUCAGGCUCUGCAAAGGCCUGCAUUGUGGUACCCGCGCACGUGCAGGGAGCGCUGAACAACCUCCAAGCUUUCAAGAGGACGGAGGUCAUGCGGAGCAACCGCAAACCGUUCUUCUCAUCCGUCGUGGCAUUGUGA